ACUUGAAAUCGACGCCGGAGUUUGGUAAACAUGUCGGCACGCAGUUCACGCACUAAACCGCGGAUCGUGCCAAGCAAUGUUGGAGCGCUUCACCGGUGCGUCAAGGGCAACUUUCUGUAGGAGCAGCCAUUGGCACCCCCACAUCUCGUUUAUUGUCGGCGCUCGGGUCUACUGGGCUGGGAUUCAAGCUUUAGCACCAGAUCGGUCUGACUGAACAGCGACAUAAUUCUAACGUCAUGGAGGGGGAUCAGGGGACCGGUGCACCCUCCGAUGAGCCCCGGGCAGAAGGCGCUGCUGGGUCCGACAGUUUUUCCCAACUGUGGACAGACGUAAUGGGGAUGCUGGAUGGUUCUCUGGGAAACAUAGAUGACCUUGCCCAGGAGUACUCUGAGUACUACAACACCUGCUUCAGUGACGUCAAUGACCGCAUGGAGGAGCUACGCAAAAGACGAGUCUCCCAAGAGGUUGACAUGGAGAAACAAGAUCCAAGCAGCACAUCCCUGCAGCUCCGUUCAGAGAUCCAGGAAUCAUUAGGCUUCAGCAGUGAGGUGUCCACUCCAGAAACAGACAGAAAAAUGUCCCUGCACAAAUCUAGCUCUGAAGAAGGAUCUGGAGGUAAAUGGGACAACAAGAAGAAGAACAAAUCUUUUUGGCAGAACUUCCGCAAGUCUCAGCACAAACCCGUCAUGAGACAGGCAUCCAAAGGAGAAGACAUAGGCUAUGUGGCUAGUGAGAUCACCAUGAGCGAUGAGGAGCGAAUCCAACUCAUGAUGAUGGUGAAAGAGAAGAUGAUCACCGUUGAAGAAGCUCUUGCCCGGCUGAAGGAGUAUGAGCGCAGCAGACAGUCCAGCAGUACUGACACUGCAGAGUGGACUGAGGGAUCUGCAUCCAAUCUAAACCAGUCCUCAAACUGCAACUCUCGUGAACAGUCAGAUGAUGAGCAAUCAGAGGACUCUGUGAAGUUCAAACGGCUUCACAAGCUGGUAAACUCCACACGCCGGGUCAGGAAAAAGCUUAUCAAGGUGGAGGACGGCAAGAAACAUGGCUCUGAAGAUUUCUUGAAUCUGGGGACACCUCCCACCUGUGAGGACAACACAGCUCUGUAUACAGGGGUCCUAAAGAGGCCAGCUUUGCCCCAGGAGAUCUCCCUGCCCUCUCUCACCCAGGAUCAACUCUCUCUGGAUGGAGACACAGACAGUCUGACCAACUCCCCAUCCUCCAGCAGCCUGGACACCUGGUCCGGACACAAGCUGGUCAAAACCUUCAACAAAUCUUCCAGUACCCACGGCCUUAUCCGCCCCCCCAGGAGAACCCCAGUUAGCACUGGGGGCCUGGGAGGCACCAACUCUGUCGUGGGAGGUAGUGGCUCCUCCUUCUCAGAGCUGGAUGGCUGUGGAUUGGACGACGAAGGAAAGCUGUCGCGCUCCACAACCGACAGCGAGAUGCGGAAGGCCCUGAGCUCCAUCUCCCAUGGGAGAACGUGCAGCUUUGGGGGCUUUGACCUGACCAACCGCUCGCUCCAUGUGGUCAACGCGGGCUCGGAGGCCAAUAGUAAAGAACAGGAGGCCAUAUACAGAGAAGUGGUCAAAUCCCCCACCACGUCUCGGAUCUCACUGGGCAAGAAGGUCAAGUCGGUCAAGGAGACGAUGAGGAAACGCAUGUCGAAGAAAUACAGCAGCUCCUUAUCCGAGCAGUCCAGUCCAGAUGGGGCCCCUGGCUCUCCUCAGUCCCCUCAGCCCGACACCGACUCUCUGGAGAAGCCGAAGCUUAAGGCCGGAGGCUCAGUGGAAAGUCUGCGUAGUUCACUCAGUGGACAGAGUUCAAUGAGUGGUCAGACAGUGAGCACCACUGACUCGUCAGCCAGUAACAGAGAAAGCGUGAAGUCAGAGGAUGGCGAUGACGAAGAGCCGCCUUACAGAGGACCGUUCUGUGGCCGCGCCAGAGUCCAUACAGACUUCACCCCCAGCCCCUACGACUCGGACUCCCUCAAACUAAAGCACGGUGAUGUGAUUGACAUCAUCAGUAAGCCUCCCAUGGGAACGUGGAUGGGCCUGCUGAACAACAAAGUGGGCACCUUCAAGUUCAUCUAUGUGGACGUGCUGAGCGAGGAAGAGGAGAAGCCCAAGAGGCCCGUGAGGAGAAGGAGGAAGGGCCGACCACCCAAACCCACAUCAGUGGAGGAUCUGCUGGAGCGCAUCAACCUCAAAGAGCACAUGCCCACGUUCCUGUUCAACGGCUAUGAGGACCUGGACACGUUUAAGUUGUUGGAAGAGGAGGACCUGGAUGAGCUGAACAUCAAAGAUCCUCAACACAGAGCCGUGCUGCUCACUGCCGUAGAGCUGCUACAGGAGUACGACAGCAGCAGUGAUCCAGAGCGUAGCGGCCUGUCAGGCUCCCAGGAGAAGCUGCUCUCUGAAGGUCGGGGCCUGGUGGGAGACUCUCCGCGAGACUCUGGGUGCUACGAGAGCAAUGAGAACCUGGAGAAUGGUAAGAGCAAAAAGACUUCCCGUUCCAGUCGUUCUUCAGCAGGCCUCCAGUCUCCAGACUACCCCACACUGCCCAUGACCCUUUCAACAGAGGCUCUGCAGCAGAACAGCAAGAACCAGCGCACAAAGUUCCCAAAAAGCUUCUUCAUCAAACCCUCCCUGAAAGGCUUCAACCUACUUGGUCUGCGCAAAGCCCAAAGACGGUCCCCCAUCCCAGCCAGUCGCAGCUGUGAGGACUUGGAUGGACCCACACAGCCCAGUGGGCCCUGGAAACGCUCCCACUCUCUGGGAGAUCUGCACUGGGAGCAGAACUUUGAGCAGAAUGAUCCAGGUCUGGAGCUUAAACUCACCAAGGAAGGACCCAAAUCAGGAAACACUAGUCCCACCAAGGUCUGUAGAGAUGAUGGUUCUCCAACUCAGAAUUGGACUCCAACCAUAAGCCCAAAAGGAAGAGCCAACAGACCACCUGUGCCCUCCCAGCUGCCUCUCCGCCCCCCUUGUCAACCCCCUCCAACCACCCAGUCAUCCAACCCUCCAGAGCUCCUCUCCAGUCCUUCAAGUCCCCCUGAUUCUAAUGCAAGUGGGGAGAGGGUCAUCCGGACUCACUCCAAAAAGCCUCCAGUCCCUCCCCCUGUUCCUGCCAAGAAGUCAAAGGAGAGACUAGCCAACGGCCUGCGACACCUCCCUCUCUCCCUGUCUUCCUCGCCAUCACCUACUGCCUCUCCUACCCACUCCCUCACCCGUUCUCAACCCAGCAGCCCUAUAAUUCGCAGCCCCAGCUACGGUGCCCCAGCUCUGCCUGCCAAGACCCCGAGCACCCCCGCCAGCCCGUGCGCCACCUCAUCCGCCUCAUCCAUGGGCGAGGAGUCGGGCACUCCACCAGCAGUGCAGCCUCCGUGGUUCUCGGAUCGGGGGGGCAAGGUGGCUGUUGCAAGAAAGAUAUCCCAUGCCAAGAUGGGUCCUGACCUGCUAACUCUCCUGGAGCAACGGCUGGAGGCUGAGGGCAUCGAUCUUACGGAGGAGCCCUACUCUGACAAGCAUGGCCGGUGUGGCAUCCCCCAGCCGCUUGUGCAGCGUUACUCUGAAGACCUUGAGCAGCCUGUCAAGGACGUGGCCUCCAACAUGGACCAGCUCCGAGUCAAAGAGCUGCGUAAACAACACCGCAUGGCUAUUCCUUCCGGAGGUUUGACAGAGAUGUGCCGGAAGCCUCUGCCCUCAGGUAACAUCAACACAGUCUCUGAUUGGCUCACCUCCAUCGGCCUGCCAAUGUACGCCACAUCUCUGGCGGUGGCGGGAGUUGACACGCUGAGUCGGGUGGCCUUGUUGACAGAGAGCGGUGUGUGGGAAGCGGGGGUGCGGGAUGAGAGACACGCUCGCCGGCUGGUCAGUGAGGCACGAUUGGUCGGCUCGCACAGAGCGGUGCAGUCCUAACCAUGUUGGUGGAGUCGUAUAAAAUAACAGGUAUCAACUCACUGGUCAGCAACAUCUCAUUUAAACACGGUCGGUGGGUGUCCAAAGACUGAUUGGACUCAACGAUCACACGAGUGACCACAGCACUACAGUACUUCCUGUCUUGCAUGUGUCAAAAGACUUCAAGUGAGCCCCCCUGCUCUCUGAUUUCCUCUCUUCAUCAGUCUGUCUUUUCUCAAAUGUUUACGGCAUUGAGGAGGUUCUCCGAACAGCCAAGACAAGAUAUCAGAUGCCUUUUUUUUUUUUUUUUUUUUAAAAAAGACCGUAGACUCACUCUGUGGGAUGGCUUCCAUUCUGAAGACGCCCCCAAAGUCUUAAAAUAAAGACUUGGAUCUGCCUUGAAGGAAGAUAGCACACUCUUUUGUAGGAUGGAUGAUUUUUAAAUACAGAAAGGACGGUUUACUUCCUGCAUAUUUCAGAAGUGUUUCAUUUUCAUCUUUCGUGGCAAGGCAACAUUAUCUGAGGGUCUUUUUGAAGGAGUAGCUCGGCCAAAGAGAUUUACUCCUCAUUAAGCGUUUCAUUCCCACUAAUAGGUUUCAUAACGACAAUGACAGAAUUCACUUCAUAUCUGGACUUUUAAUCAACUUAAUACAUACACCGAACUAUGAAUAAUUGGUGGUUUUGAGAUGGCUUAUUUUGUAUCAUGUUUCUGUAUUAUAGCAUAAUGCAUAUCUUCAUUUUUAAAAUGAUUUAUAUGUCAACAUUUGUGUUUGCCUUUUGAAUGUUGCUGCCUUAUUUUGAGGCCAGCUCUCAGUCAUUUCUAAGCUGAAACAGCUGACAUCACACCUUUUAUAUUUCAUAUUAUACUGUGUGUCCUAUUUCACUGCAUAUCUUGGAUGCACACCCUGCGCCGAUAUAAAUAGACGUCUUACAGAAAGCUCUGUUUCACUCAACUAAUAACGAUAAGCUUUCACAAAAACAAUACAUUCCCAGUAUAUCCAAGCACAUUUUAAGUUGCCUUACCAUUACGAAUGAAUAGCUUAAUCAAAUAAAACAUAUGUAUAUUAUGGGCCCAACUGUGCAAAAGGUGCAAGCCUUUUUGUUCUGAAUGUGUCUGAGAAAUAAUUGAGAUUUAAAAAUAUGUACACAAACACUCAGCCAGCGCAUUUCAACCGUACACAUGGAUGUGGACCACAAAACAUGCCUCUGAUGGAUUGUGGUGUCUAUACUUGUGAAGCUCAGAUGAUAAAACCACAAAACCACAGGCACGCUGCAGACGUCCUGUGUUUAACAUCCCUGUUCAACACAUUCACUGUACAGUUUCCAUACAGGGGUUUGUGGGACAAGGGAGGGAGGAGAAAAUAGAAACGUUCCAAAGACAGUUGACAUCUGGCCUGUCAUAUCUGGAAUUUAUUGGAUUGUCUACACUUUGAUUACCCAGUUGGUUUGAGGAAUUUGAUUUAUAGCUGAAUAAUAAACCGUUUGGGACUUUUUAAACACAUUAUAAUGUAGCUAUAUAAUCAAUGCAGGUCUGAAAUUCUUAAUUGGACUUUUCUCAAACACACUGAGGAUGGAUGGUAAGAACAGAUGUAUCAGGUGAAAAGUUGACCUUGAAGGUCAGCAUACACAAUGACACUAAAUAGUGAAUCAGGGAAACACUGCGUCGGGUCAGCCUGUUACAAAAACAUUGGGCUAUAAACAGAACUGAAAACAGCCAGAAACUCAUUGCUCUUUCAUUUGAGCACUCUGCAUGAAAUGGAGCCAACAUUUGGAUUUUUUUCCUAUAAUUUCUAACAGGAAAGUUCUGUCUUUCAUAGUCAGAACUGAACUAAAGACUUAUCCCAUGAUGUUCAUAUUAAAAUAUUUGACCCAAGUAUUAUUGCUAAAAUUAGAGGAUGUCUUUUUUUUUUUAUUGCAGUGGGCACUUGAUAAGUAGAUUUGAUUUGUUUGAUGCCUUUUCUCUCUUCAAUCAAAAGUGGUGCUCAGAGAAAGCGAUGGUCGGGGUCAUCGUCAAAAGAGUAAAAGACCCAAGAAAUGUUUUGUAAAGAAUAAAAAUACUGACACUGUAAAUGCACUUUAGAGGGUAAAUCUAGCUGUUUUAUAGGUGGAAUUGGCUACAUUUUGUUCACAGGUCCAUAAAUGGACAUUCGUUGUCAGGUAUUGUAAAGGGUUACAGUGGGUUUUACUGGUAUUUUAUUAGAGUAUUGAGUUCCCAAUGCCAAGUUUGAUAACCAUUCACGGGUUAAACUGUUCCAGUUAAUCACUUCCAGUUUGUUUUUGCAGUCUUAUAAAAAAUAAAUUAUUAAUUACAUAUAUGAAAUGCUUAGCAGAAGUUGCACAUUCUGUAUAUGUAAUUGAUAUUUAAAUAACUUAUUUUUUUCGCUUUUUUCAUAUCAAUUGUAAUUAGCUGUACUAUAUGAAUAGCAAUACCUUCCUGCAUAAUGCAUAUUGCUUUAGCCAGUGAGGAACUACAGUAUGUAUUGUAAAAUAUGUGUACAAAUUGUUUUAUUUGGUUUUCAUCUACCUAAUGAUUGUCCAUACAGAUUUGCUUGUGUAUUGAAACAACAAAAGUAAUGUCCAUAACUAUUUGUCAUUUCUGAAAUAUAAUAAAAACUGUUUCU